AUCCCUUGGAGUUGCAGCAUUGAAUGGUCCCUGUCAGCUCUGCCCUCUGGCUUCAUUCCUGAUUCCAAAGUCCUCUCAGCAAGAAUUCGCCACAGGGUGAGAAGGGGCACCAACGUACAAUUUUUGUAUCUUCAGAUCCACAAGACCGAUAGAAGUUCUACUCUGCCACCACAUCUGUGCUAUGACUGUCCUGUAGGAGCCUGCCAAAAUUUCCAAGAGGAUCUCUACCUGCCACUGACACUUCUGUCAAAGAGCAUAGAAUUUUCAGAGAAUAGACAGCUCAUAACCUCAGCAAUUGGCUCCACCCUCCGUUCUCAACUUCUCAGAAUUCCCACCAAGAUGGCAGAAUCACAGCCCUUUUCCCUCUACAAGAGCUGUGAUUAUCUUCUCUGUUGCACAUCUGGAGAACCACUUAGGAGAAACAACAUAUUACCUACAAAUGAAAGAAUGCAAGUUGAAGAAGCUUCCAUCAAAUGGCCUCUCUUGACAGGGCUCAUCUCAGGUCUGCAAAGGACAAGAACUCUUCCUUUUUUAUGGCUACAUAGUAUUCCAUGCAAGGACCCACAGCUGGAGGUGAAUUUCUACACUGGGACGGAUGAGGACUCAGAUAUUGCUUUCCAAUUCCGACUGCACUUUGGUCAUCCUGCAAUCAUGAACAGUCGUGUGUUUGGCAUAUGGAGGUACGAGGAGAAAUGCUACUAUUUGCCCUUUGAAGAUGGCAAACCAUUUGAGCUGUGCAUCUAUGUGCGUCACAAAGGAUACAAGAGAUUCUGGGGCACCAAAGACCUUGAUCCUCAACAGGACCUGGGGAGAGAGGUAGAGAGAGUCUCUGUGUCAUCCUGACCCUAUCCAGGCCCCUUGCCUUUGCCAGGUGAGGGCCACUCAUACUCCAUCUCUCACACACCUGGGCUCCAUCUACACUCCCUCAUUUUUCUCUGGGUGUCCAUGUGCAAUAAAAUCUCAGAUACUCACAUUCUGGGAGAAAAGUGAGAUUCCUAAGUCUCGUCCUUGAUUUGUGUGCUACUUAGCUCAAAACCUGCACGAAGACAGGGACAGGUGCAGGUGAUCAGACUUCAGCUACAAUGCCGUCUUCACUUGGGGCGGAGCACUCAGGACCCCUCCUCAAGUUCUCUUUGUUAUAACAGAAAACAUCCUUAAAAUCUAUAUGAGGAAUUUAAAGAAGAAAUGAAUUCAAAUCCCUCUCCCUCCCUCCUCUCUUUCUGUUUUACUCUUUAGUUUUAUUGACUGUGAAUUUAAACUAUUUUUUAAAACUUGAUCCAAGUUAACAAAAAAAUGUAUAUUAUGAUGAAUUCAUGAUUAAACUAGUACUUAUGUAGCCACCACAAUUAUAGUUGUGGCCUGUUGCUAACACCCAUUGACUCCUGUGUUCCUUCCCUACCACGUGACCUUCUUGCACCUACUGGCAACCAUGCUUCUGCCCUUCUUUUUGGCUUUGCUUUAGUUUUAUCACUUUGUUGAAUUUUGCCUGUAGAUAUUUAUCUUGGAUUUUUUUUUCUUUGCAUCAUGCAUCUUUUCUAAAAUAUUUCUGUUUUUAGGAUUCAUCUAUGUUGCCGUGUAGAGCUGUAGAUCCUUCCUUUUCACUGGUCUCCACUCUGGAGUUUUAUAAAUUGGCCAACACAUAUUCAGCAGUUUUAUUCUUGGUAGAUAUUGGGUGACUUCUAGCUUGAGGCUAUUGAAACAUUGUCUUCUACGCAAAAUUCUCCUGAUCUCAUGCUGAUAAUUUCUUAUUUCAAGGAGAGUGGCCAGAAAGUCGAUUGAAUCCCUGAAAUGUCAAGCAGGUGUCUGCCUUUCUGCUUGGUGAAUAGAAAUAAAUUGUCCAAAAGAAACACAGAGACCUACUGGGAAGACAGGGAUCAGGACACUCUGAGGAUUAAAGUCUUUAGAGCAUUUCAGAUGGAGGGGGCUGGCCCAGAAUUCUCUCCAAAGGAGACACUCCAGGGAGAACAUUUACUCUUGGUUAGCCUGGGGCAUUAGGAGGGGUCUUCUGAGAUCAAUGGUUAGGAUUUACUGGGUGAGGGGAGGCAGUGGGGGCACUGCAGGGAGUGGCAAUGGAAGUGUCCUAACCUUGUGUCUGUGGUGGAGAUGAAUGAGGCCUACAGAAGAGACUAUCAGUAAGAGCCGUCAUUGUGUGCCCUGAUCAAAGAGUUUGCCUUCUAUCCACCUAUGACCAAGAUUUACACUCUGGAAAGUAGUAUCUCCCCUUUUCACAGUUUGAGCCUACAGCUCCUUUUCUGUGAAGUGACUUUUUCCUUUCUCAGUCUGCAAAGAGGAAGGGAGAAGGGCAUGAUCACCCAUGAGCACUCUUUAAAUGAACAAAUCCGAUUUCUGCAUCUGUGCUCUACCUUUCGAAAAAUGGUGUUGCAUACCCGUUGUUCCUGAACUGAGGGGAUGAGCAUAUGAGUUUCUUUCUCUGGUGAUUUUCUUCUUGGCAUUUUUCAAAGUUAAGUGGAGGGACAUAUGAUAUAUGGGGUUUAGGCAGAGUAAUGGGAGCCCCCAAGGGUUCCUGCUCCCUUGUUUUCAGUGUAAAGAGUGGGGUUCCUACUCAGUUCUGCUCAGCUCAGACACAGCCCUACCCUCCCUGUCAAGGCUCAGUUAUUCAAGCCUCCAAUCCCACUGCUACACCUCAGUGACUCAUCUGAAAUUGUGUAGGGUUGGUUGAGAGAGUCUGACAUAUAGUCAAUGCUAUAGAAGGAUGUGGUUGCUAAUGUCUUCUCAGACAUUUCACUGGCCUUUUCACUUUUUGUGUCUCAGGAAGAUUUAUCCUCUUUGACUCAUUCACACCACCCAUAAAAUCCCCCAAGCCCUCUUGAUGAUGACCACUUUAUCUUUCUCCCCAUGAAGGCAAGAACCAAAUUCUGUGAAGUUGGAUUAAGUUUUAAUGAGCAAAAGUAAGGAUUGAAGUGAGAAAAGAUCACGCCGUUAGCUGGCUUUGGGAAUCCCAUGCUCACGUA